GGGCGUGUGUUUCCGGCGUCGGCGGCCGCGGCCGGGGACGGUGUGAGAGCGGUAAGAUGGCGGCCGCAGCGGUGGUAGAGUUCCAGAGAGCCCAGUCUCUACUCAGCACCGACCGGGAGGCCUCCAUCGACAUCCUCCACUCCAUCGUGAAGCGUGACAUUCAGGAAAAUGAUGAGGAGGCGGUCCAGGUCAAAGAGCAGAGCAUCCUUGAACUGGGGUCUCUCCUGGCGAAGACUGGACAGGCUGCAGAGCUUGGAGGACUCCUGAAGUAUGUACGACCUUUCUUGAAUUCCAUCAGUAAAGCUAAAGCAGCUCGUCUGGUCCGAUCGCUUCUUGAUCUGUUUCUUGAUAUGGAAGCAGCUACAGGGCAGGAGGUGGAGCUAUGUUUAGAAUGCAUCGAAUGGGCCAAAUCAGAGAAAAGAACUUUCUUACGCCAAGCAUUGGAGGCAAGGCUGGUGUCUUUGUAUUUUGAUACCAAGAGGUACCAGGAAGCAUUGCAUUUGGGUUCUCAACUGCUGCGGGAGUUGAAAAAGAUGGAUGAUAAAGCCCUUUUGGUGGAAGUACAGCUUUUAGAAAGCAAAACGUACCAUGCUCUGAGUAAUCUGCCGAAAGCCCGAGCUGCCUUAACCUCUGCUCGAACCACAGCAAAUGCCAUCUACUGCCCCCCUAAAUUGCAGGCCACCCUGGACAUGCAGUCAGGUAUUAUUCAUGCAGCAGAGGAGAAGGACUGGAAAACAGCUUACUCAUAUUUCUAUGAGGCAUUUGAAGGCUAUGACUCCAUUGAUAGUCCCAAGGCCAUCACAUCUCUGAAAUACAUGUUGCUAUGCAAAAUCAUGCUCAACACCCCAGAAGAUGUCCAGGCUUUGGUGAGCGGAAAGCUUGCACUUCGGUAUGCAGGGAGGCAGACAGAAGCAUUGAAAUGUGUGGCCCAAGCCAGCAAGAACAGAUCACUGGCAGAUUUUGAAAAGGCCUUGACAGACUACAGGGCAGAGCUCCGGGACGACCCAAUCAUCAGCACACAUUUGGCCAAGUUGUACGACAACUUACUGGAACAGAAUCUGAUCCGGGUCAUUGAGCCUUUUUCCCGAGUACAGAUUGAACACAUAUCUAGCCUCAUCAAACUCUCCAAGGCCGACGUGGAAAGAAAACUAUCCCAGAUGAUUCUUGACAAGAAGUUUCAUGGGAUUUUGGACCAGGGGGAGGGUGUCCUGAUCAUUUUCGAUGAGCCCCCGGUAGAUAAAACUUAUGAAGCUGCUCUGGAAACAAUUCAGAACAUGAGUAAAGUAGUGGACUCCCUCUACAACAAAGCCAAGAAGCUGACAUAGAGUUGGAUCUGUAGCGGUCCUUUGGAGAGUGUGUGUGGCGGGAGAGUGAACCCUUGGGGAAAUGCUAGGAGAUUCUUUUCUUUCUGUUCUACUUUUCGCUCGGAAAGUUUUUAACCCUCAUUGGUGCAUCUGUAUCCAGCGAUAGGCGGCCAGUUCUCAUGUAAUCAGCACUGGCCAACAUGGGAGUGGGGAAAUUGCUUAAAAAAAAAAGAAAAAGAAAAAAAAAUCUUAAUAAAAGGAAAAAGGCUUACACUA